AUGGAGCAUCCGACGGUGCGCGACGUGCUGGCCUUCCACCGCGUGGACCGCGCCGCCUACGAGCGCCUCCUCUCGCUGGGCGCCGGCCCGCAGCCCGCCCGCGACGCGGUGGCGCUCCUGAUGUGGCUGGACCGCAGCGUGGGCGCCGACGCCGUGGCCAGCGUGUGCGCCCAGGUCCGCGCCCCGCCCGACGCCGCGCGGCUCGUCUCCGACGCGCUCGCCGUCCUCCACGGCGUCGCCUGGCCGCGCGGCCUCCAGGCGCAGGCGUCGGUGUGCGGCGGGUGCGGAGGCGCGGUCGCGCGCCGGUUCCUGGACCUCGUCCCGCGCGGCGCCGACCCUAGGCGCGGCGUCGCGGACGUGCUCGAGGGCGUCGGCGCGCUGGUGUUCGACGACCGGCUGCACGCGCUGCUGCGGCGGUACGAGGAGGACGGUGGUGCCGAGCUCCCGGCUGAGCUGGCCGCGCCUUACCGAGUGCGUCGCGACGGCGCGGCGGCGGCGGAGGAGGAGGAUGACGAGGACGGUGGCGGCGGGCGGUCGCUGUUCAUCACGUUCUCCAAGGGGUUCCCAUUAACGCGCGACGAGAUCGAGGGCUACUUCACAGAGAGGUGGGGCGAGGGGUGCGUGGAGAACGUGAUGAUCGAGAGGACGCCGCCGGCGGGGGAGGCGCCCAGGUACGGCAGGGUGGCGUUCCGGACCGCCUCCGUCGCGGCGGCGGUGCUCGGCGGGCGGCGCCUCGUCAAGCUCUUCGUCAACGGCCGCCAACUCUGGGCGCGCAAGUACGUCCACAAGCCACAGCAGCAGCAGCAGCAGCAAUAAGCUACCUCCACGGGACAACACGUUCAGCACCCCGGACCAAC